CAUUGACACGAACCUCCAUGAAAAGCCUUGGCGAUUAAUAUAGCGACAAGAAUAAGAAAAAUAGAAAACAGAUUACGAAAAUUCAGAAGACCAGAGAGAAGACAACUUAGGGUUUCGCAAAAGAAAUCUCUCGCUCUUUUUCGUUUCGUUGCCACGGUUUUUUUUUCCCUUGCUUCCCUCCGAACACGAUUUUGUUUUUUUAUUUUCUUUUUCUUUUUCUCUGCUUUUCCUUUUCGUUUUCCCGGAAAAAGCGAGGGGGGAGAGAGAGGGAGAGAGUUUCUGGUGGUGUGGAUUUUGGUGUAAUUUGUGGAACAGAGGAGGAGAAAUUAGAGAAAAGCUGUUUUUCCUUUGAGAAUUCCGACGUUGGCUUGAACUUCCUACCAUUUCUGGAUUUUCGAGGACCAGCUUCACCUGGAUUCAUUUCCCGGGAAAAUUACUGCCCCGAAAUCCAGCUUCGGCUUUCCGAGUUCCCCCAGUUUUCAGGCCUUCUUUUCCUCCGUUGAAUAAUCUAUAUCUCAUUAUUGACCUGGGGAUUUUUUGUACGAUUUGGUUGCUUGAGGAGCACAAUUGGUAUUACUGUAGGUUUGCGGUUUCGAUCUCCGGAUCCAGAUUCCGGAGAAAGGUUUGGGGAAUGAGGAUACGUUUGGUUUGUAAUAUAGCUCUCGACGAUUGGUGAUAUGACCUUGUGAUACAAUCUGGGAUUGGGAAUCGGAUACAACAAUAUAACAUAUGGAGAUUGGAACGGUUUCGUCUCCCGGGGAUGUGAUCAAGUGCUGUGAUUGCGGUUGCAAUUGUUCUCUGAACAAUGGUUCAUCAGGCUCCUGGAUCCGUUCCGUGAAGCGAAAGUACGAGGAGUUGGAGAAUGAUAACCGAUUCCAUGUCCCGGGGCUGGACCUGGACUUGUUUUCGAAUGCCAAAGUCCAGAUCGAGAAUGAGUGCGAAUUGUUACGGGAGACUGUUACCAGUCAACAACAAGCAAUUCAGGAUUUGUAUGCUGAACUCGAGGAAGAGAGAAAUGCUUCAUCGACAGCUGCUAAUGAGGCGAUGUCGAUGAUACUGAGGUUGCAGAGGGAAAAGGCUGAAAUCCAAAUGGAAGCUAGGCAGUUUAAACGUUUCGCCGAAGAGAAAAUGGAACACGACCAACAAGAGCUUUUGAAUUUGGAAGAAUCGGACUAUAAAAAGGAUCAGACGAUUCAGGCUCUGCAAUGUGAGGUCCAAGCAUACAGGCAUAGAAUGAUGAGUUUCGGGCUAACGGAGGCAGAGGCUGAUGGUGAGAAGAGCUUAUUCAGCCGUAACCCGAGUAUGAUUGAUAUUGAUGCCCAAUAUGACCUCCCCACAUAUGACUAUCCUCCUCUAAAGUGCAAUUUGAACGAGAACCCGGGUCCUUUGGAUUCUGAUAUUGAUGUUGCAGAUGUAGAGCACUACCCAAUUGCCGAUUCUCCUCAGGGACGAGAACAUCUGAAGAGUUUGGAGCGUAGGAUCAGCCAGAUGGAGAGAAAUCCUAGCUUUACCCAGUUAAACGGUGAUUCCUCGGGAAGCAGGAAUGUUUUGGAGAAAGUGGUGGUCGGUCACACUCCUAGGCGUUUAAGACAUUUCAGGAGAAUUUCAGCUGAUAGUUCGAGUUCACCCCUGGGAACUACAAGGGAACUAAGGCCAGAAUUUCUCAUCGAUUCUCCGAGGUCUAACAAUGGCAGCUUCAAGAAAGUGCAGGGCGUCUCAUACACGGAAGAUAACACUGUUGCAAAGAAUAAAGAUGACUCAUCUGAAAUAGGAGAUGACAUGAGUGAUAGAGUUUACACCAUUGAUUCUGUCCAUAAUGGUGUCGAUAUGAAUUCUCCCAGGGUACAGUUCAAUCAGCCUGAUCUGGGUGAUCCCGAUAUCAAGAAGCUCUACACGAGGCUUCAAGCACUCGAGGCCGACAGGGAAUCCAUGAGGCAGGCGAUUAUGUCUAUGAGGACCGAGAAAGCCCAAUUAGUACUUUUGAAAGAAAUAGCUCAACAUCUAUCGAAGGAAGUUGCCCCGGAACGGAGAUUGCCCGUGAGGAAACCUUCCGUUGUUGGAGUUUUCUCUUUUAUGUCUAUCUUCAAAUGGAUCACGUCUUUCGUUUUCUGGAGAAAGAAGGCUCGCCGAAGCAAAUACAUGUAUGGGAUGUCGACGAACAACAUGGGAUUGCUAAUGCUAUUAGACAAAGGCCCUCGAACAAGACAGUGGAGAUGUCUCACGAGUACACAGGUUUGAAAACCGAGCUCGGAACACAGGAUGUGAAUACUGUGGUGAAUGGUUUUAUGAAGUCGUUUUCUCGGGUGAAUUCUCGCUCUUCGAUCUUCCAUUUCCUCGUGGUUGCGGAGAUUUGUUUGUAAUGUGCAGUGCUUCUUCUUCUUCUCCUUCGUAUUCUUCUCUUCUCCUUCUAUUGUGCAAUCUUCAUUUGUUGUGUUUCCCUCAAUAGAAACGGUUUGAAUGCAUUUCUUUCUUGUGGGGUUUGAUGAUAUAUAAGCCUUGAGAGGAGGAGAGAACUGGAGCUAUGCUACCUUUGUAUAGUUCCCUCAAAAGUCAAAGUCAAAGUCAAAGGCACGAAUUUGAUUAUAAGAUGUGUAUAAUUUGUCUUUUUUUUUUUAAUUCAUAUUCUUUGAUUUGAUUUUUAUUCUUAUUUUUGGUGGGAAAACUAUGGGCCUUUUGAUUAUUACCAAUCUACAGUUUAGCUUCUCGACGACAGUA